AUGUCCAACCUCCCCUCCGAGCCCGAGUUCCAGCAGGCCGUCAACGAGAUUGCCUCGACCAUCGAGCCUUUCCUCGCCAAGAACCCCGAGUACCGCCGUGCUUUCGAGGUCGUCCAGAUCCCCGAGCGUAUCAUCCAGUUCCGUGUCACCUGGGAGCGCGAUGACGGCUCCAUCGCCGUGAACCGCGGUUACCGUGUCCAGUUCAACUCGGCCCUCGGCCCCUACAAGGGCGGUCUUCGUCUCCACCCGACCGUCAACCUCUCGGUCCUCAAGUUCCUCGGCUUCGAGCAGAUCUUCAAGAACGCUCUCACCGGCCUCUCCAUGGGUGGUGGUAAGGGUGGUUCGGACUUUGACCCCAAGGGCAAGACCGACGCCGAGAUCCGCCGCUUCUGCUACGCCUUCAUGCUCGAGCUUUCGCGUCACAUCGGUGCCGACACCGACAUUCCCGCUGGUGACAUCGGCACUGGUGGUCGUGAGAUCGGUUUCCUCUUCGGCGCCUACAAGCGCUACCAGAACGAGUUCUCUGGUAUCCUGACCGGCAAGGGUGCCGACUGGGGAGGUUCGUUCAUCCGCCCCGAGGCCACUGGUUACGGUCUCGUCUACUACGUCACCGAGAUGCUCCGCGACCUCGACAACACCGACUGGCAGGGCAAGCGCGUCCUCAUCUCGGGUGCCGGCAACGUCGCCCAGUACGCCGCCCUCAAGGUCAUCGAGCUCGGCGGCCACGUCCUCACCCUCUCGGACUCGACCGGUGCCCUCGUCGCCAAGGACGCUACCGGCUUCACCCCCGCCGACAUUGCUGCCAUCGCCGACAUCAAGCUCCGCCGUGAGCCCCUCACCACCCUCCAGUCGGAGGGCCGCUUCGAGUGGCACGCCGGUGCCCGCCCCUGGACUCUUGUCGAGAAGGCCGACGUCGCUCUUCCCUCCGCGACCCAGAACGAGGUCUCCGCCGACGAGGCCAAGGCCCUCAUCGCUGCUGGUGUCCGCUACGUCGCCGAGGGCUCUAACAUGGGCUGCACCCAGGAGGCUAUCGACAUUUUCGAGUCCACUCGCUCGGGCGUCGCUUCGCUCUCGUCGUCGCAGGGUGUCUGCUACUACGCUCCCGGCAAGGCCGCCAACUGUGGUGGUGUCGCCGUCUCUGGCCUGGAGAUGGGUCAGAACUCGCAGCGUCUCAAGUGGAGCUCGGAGGAGGUCGACCAGAAGCUUAAGAACAUCAUGGUGACUGCGUACGAGAACUGCCGUGACACCGCCAAGGCUCACGUCGCCGACUCCGCUGUCCCCUCGCUCGUUGCUGGAGCCAACAUUGCCGGCUUCAAGAAGGUCGUUGACGCCAUGCGCGACCAGGGUGACUGGUGGUAG